AUGACGCACGGUGCACUUUCCGCACCGGGCAAGGGUGCGUCUACCGUGUGGAUUGGCGCAGACGAGCAGCAAGGGUCUUGCUGGCGUCUCCAUUCCCCCCAGAAGUGGAAGUGUAGAAUGUACCUAGUACCAGAGGAAGGACUGUAUAAUGGCUUAUCCCAGCAGCCUACCAAUUUCACGUCGAGACGGACAGGUGGUUUCGAGCCUUGCAUGACACAUGGUGUAGAGGUGUAG